AGUACGAGCGAUGUUACAAAAUUAACAUGGUUAACCUUGGAAAUGAGCCGUCAACCUCUUGGUAUAACUUUUGUGGAGGGAAAUAACAAUAAUUUGAAAAUAAUAAUUCCAUUAUUCUCCAAAAUGACCUUUUUGAAAAAUAAUGAUAUUUAUCAUGUGCAAAUUUCCCCUUUCCCUAGGCGUCCAACUUGAAACACAACUUAACACCUUUUUAAUGGGCUAUUAUACUAAUUGAACGAUGUCUAUUUUGUGGCUCUAGGCUUUGAGUCUUUGGGAAAUUAGACCAAGUUUUCUCCCAAUUGGGGCAAGCUUUGGUAGCCACAAUUGAUUCCUAAAAUAAUAUCUUCUUUUGGAUUAUGGCACAAAAUAAAAUUCUCUUGAUAAUCUUAUGAAGAAAGGUUUCACAUUCCCUAAUAGAUAUGCCCUCUAUGAAAGGGAAGAAGAAAGUGUUACUCACGUUGUUGGAGUACGACCUCUCUAGAGAGAUAUGGGGAUCAUUCUCUUGCUUUUACAAUGUUAAUUGGGUCUUCCCUAUCACUACUCUAGGUGUUUCGGAGCAACAUGCUUCCCCCUUUCUGAAUCCUUCCCUUACAUUAUUAUGGUCCCUCACUCUUUUGCAUGUUGCUUGGGGCACUUGGAAAGAAAUAAAUAAUAGGAUCUUUAGGGAAAAGAAUGAUAUAUUGCCAAUAGGGUUUCAAACAAAAUCAACUUAGCUAUUGAGGAUUUUUUUUUAUAAAAGCUAAUGAUAAGUUGUUGAAGGGUGUAGCUCUAGAGGUCUCAGACAUAUAUUGGACAAUCUCUAAGGUUUGGAACCUUAACUUCAACAUCUCUACUGCUUUUAUGGUGUCAAAACCUGCUAGAUUUAAUGUGGUUUGCACCUUUGUCCCCCACUCGAAAAUCUGAGCAAAGUGAACUCUGACAUUGCUGCAAAAGGCAAUUCGAGAAUGGUUUGGGGUGGUGGUGGUGUAACUAGAGACCAUAGAGGAAAUUUUAUAGUUGCCUAUGCUAUCAACUUGGAUCUUCAAUCCAACUACAAUGUAGAAGCAGCAACAUCGUUUAAUGCAUGGUUUUAAGACUCCUGGACUUGCCACGGACUCGCGACGGACUCGUGAGUCCAUAGGAGCCACGAGUCGACUCACCAAGGAUUCGCGAGGCGAGUCUAUUUUGCUUGGACUUGCAAGUCUUUCAUAUGGACUCGCGUAGUCCAGAAAACAUGCCAUUUAACUAAUAAAUCUCAGUUUUUAAAAUUUUUUUUCCUCUCAUUUGACAUUUUUGCUUGGUUAUAACAGGUUUGUAGGGUUUGAAGGAGGAGAGGAAAGAAGAUAAAAUCAGCAAAAGAGAUCUAGCAAUGGCAAGUUCAACUCCAAGGGCAACCCCAAAGUCAGGAAGACAAAGAGAUAAAGCAUGGAAAUAUGGGAUUCCAGGAAGCAAAAAGGGGGAGGUCACUUGCACCGAAUGUACAAAAUGGAUGACAGGUGGAAUCAAUAGAUUAAAAUACCACCUUGCACAAAUACCUGGAUAUGGUGUGGAGGAAUGCUCCAAAUCAACUCCCGAGAUUAUUAGAGAGAUGAAGGCCAUUCUUGCUGAGAAUGAUAUGCAAAAGGAAGAAAGGCAAAAAACAAAAGAAGCCAUGGUAGCUGCAAUGAAUCCCACAUUGUCCACUUCGGGUCCCAUUGGUCACACUCGUGGUCGUCAGUCACUUUCAUCUUUUGGUGACAAUGAGGGUGAGGCUAGUAGAACUCGCGUUAGAUCAAACCCUAAUUUUUUUGUACCACACAAUGUUCCAGGUGCACAACCUUCACUUGAAGGUACAGGAUGGAAUAGAGAGAAGCAUGAACAAACAAAGAUAGCAGCUUCAAACUUUUGGUUUUACAAUAAUCUAUCUUUCAAUGCAGCAAACAAUGUGUAUUGGGAAGGUUUGGUUAAUGCAUUAACAGUUGCAGGUAAGGGGUUUAAGGCCCCAACUUGUCAUGAUUUCAGUGGGCCAUUGCUAGAGACAACUGUAAAAAAUACACAAGUUGUGGUUGAUGAUCAGAAAAGGUAUUGGAAGAGAAAAGGAUGCAACAUUUUAUCUGAUGGAUGGACAAAUGGACGGAAUAGGACUCUUCUCAACUUCUUGGUGGCUUCAAAUGGUGCAAUGGUAUUCCUAAAGUCUAUUGAUGCCUCAAAUGAAAUAAAAAAUGUAGAGACUGUGUGUAAUCUGUUGGAUGGGGUGGUUCAGGAGGUUGGAGUUGAGAAUGUUGUCCAAAUUAUCACGGACAACGAAGCUACUUAUGUAUUUGCAGGUAGAAUGCUUAUGGAGAGGCAUCCUACGAUUACAUGGAAUCCUUGUGCUGCACAUUGCUUGGACUUGAUGCUAGAGGACAUUGGGAAGAUUGGAUGGGUGAAAAAGGUGGUUGAAGAUGCAAGAAGUGUCACCAAAUUCAUCUACAACCAUACUUGGGUGCUUGCUUUGAUGAGAAAACACACAAAUGGCAAGGACGUUGUGCGACCUGAAGUGACACGAUUUGCUAGCCACUUCAUCACUUUGCAGAGCAUUCUUAGUGCCAUUUCUCAUCUUAAGUAGAUGUUUGUGUCUGAUGCUUGGUUGGGGUUUGCAUACUCCAAAGGACCUAAAGCAGAGAAGAUUGUGAGCAUUGUUUUUGAUGAAGGGUUCACCAAAAGUGGAGAGGAGUUGAUUGCGGUAAGUAACAAACACACAAGUAAACUUUAUACAAUCUUGUCUAUUUGCUGAUUUUA